AUGGAGAACAGAAUCAUUCUAGAAGAGUUGCUGAUGAAGAAGUCUCAGCAAAAGAAAAAAAUAUCUCCAAAUAAUUACAAAGAACGACUCUUUGUUCUUACGAAAACAAGCCUUUCCUACUAUGAAUAUGACAAAGAGGUGAGAAAUAGAUUUCUUAGAAUGCAGUGUAAGCGGGUAAGAGAUUCUUGGGUAUUCAACCUCUGGUUAACGCCUUUUCAUGUUAUGUAUUCCUUCUUAUGGGUGUUGGAAACUUUCUCCCUACUUCCUUUUAUGUUCUUAGAAAAAAGGAACCAGAAAAGGGUCAAUAGAAAUUAAGAAAAUUCGAUGUGCAGAGGAAGUGAAUCUAGAUGAACCAGCCCCGCCAGAGCGGCAGUAUCCCUUCCAGGUAAAACUGUACACAAUAAAAUAUUUUCGGUAGUGAAUUCAUAUUUUGCUGGAUGGUGCCUAUAGUUUGAAUGCCCUCAAAAAAGAGAAAACCCUGCCUCAGCAUGUUGUUGAAUAUGUACUGGUGGCCCAAGACAUUUCAGCCAAAAGACCUCCUUCAGUGGCUUGGUAUACUUGUUCAGAUAUCUUGAAAAAACAUCUCCUCCAAUAACUCAAAUGUAGCAACACUGAAAGGAAGCCUUUAUCAGAUGUUUGGCAAGUGUGUUGUUAUGAGUUUAGGGUGGGUAGACUGUAAGCCUGAGCCCCUUUAAUUCCUGAGUCCAGCAGGGAUUCAAUUCCUGGAAUAGCCAGGCUAGCUUCCUAGUGAGGUAAUGGCCCCCUAAGUAUGGGCCAAUGAGGUAACAAAAGAAGUGGCUCUGUGCUGGAUAACAAAUAGGUGGGCCAUCUUCCUUCAACUCACUGGUAGGCAAAGGCCAGUGCUGGGAGUUGGAAAAGAGAGAGCUAGAAAGGAGAAGGGGCAGGCAGCAGGCUGGGCAAUUGGGAGAGACAGAGUCAUGCCUGAUUCCUGUUUGAAUCCGAGGAAGAAGAAAGACCUUCUUGGGGUGUUAAUGCCGUUAGCCCUUCCAUUGUAGGCUCAGGUUGUGUAUAUAUGUAUAAAUAAACCAUACAUCCUAAAAACACCACAGCCUCCGUUUUCCCUCAGUCGGGAGAAACUGAACUGAGGGCAAGCACCUGGAACCUUGCACUGCUUGGAAACUGGGAUGGCAUGCAACAAUAUGCAGAAAGAUCUCUCUUUUUGGAGUUUUGCUUGGUGGGUGCUUCCUGGUGUGUUUUACAUUUUCAAUGCACCAAAUGACUUGUGAUUCGGAGGAAAUGACCAAAAAGUUAACAUCAUCUAGGAGAUGAAUUAUUUGGUUUCCACAGAACUUCUAUAUUUGGAACACCCUUUUUAGGGCAGUGGCCUGUCUUGUUCCUACCCAGAUAACACUUUGCUGCAAAGUAUGCUUUGAAAGAGAUUUUGAGGCACAGGGAGCGGUUUUAAACUCACUUCUGCUGUUAUUAUGAUAAAUGCUGAGUGUAACACCGCUUUUUGGUGACAUGUUUUUGUUUUAUUUGAAUUUUUGUGCUGAUAAUAUUUUUCCUAUUGUGUCUUAUCAUUUUAUUAUUAUUAUUUUUGUUGAUAUUGAUUCUGGAUUCAGAUCUAAACCCAGCUCAGACUGAUUUCCCAAAUAUACACAUUCAAAUCUGUUGUAUGCACAGCUUGAAUUAAUUCAUCUACCUCCCCCGCCAUGCACUGUAAUUUAUAACUCUCUGCACAUGGCAGUGUCUGAAAUUAUACUGGUUUCUCCCAUAUCACGCAUGAAAUACACCAGCAUCUGGCAGGCCAGCAGUGCGUUGUUUAUUUUAGUGCUCAGUAACACCAAAACUGUUUCCUCCUAUGCAUAGAUUGUGUACAAAGGUGGCCUCCUGUAUGUUUUCUCUGCAAACGAAGAGAGCCGGAGCCGAUGGCUGGAAGCUUUGCAUAAAGGUAACAAGCUGUUUCAUCAGACUCUGAGGACUCUUUAACGUUUCACAGCUAACCUGAAAGGAUUUCCAAUCCAAAUACAGUCGUGCCUCGGGUUAAGAAUUUAAUUCGUUCCGGAGGUUCGUUCUUAACCUGAAACUGUUCUUGACCUGAAGCACCACUUUAGCUAAUGGGGCCUCCUGCUGCCGCCGUGCGAUUUCUGUUCUCAUCCUGAAGCAAAGUUCUUAACCCAAGGUACUAUUUCUGGGUUAGCAGAGUCUGUAACCUGAAGCAUCUGUAACCCGAGGUACCACUGUAGCAUAAUGAAACUUGGCUGACUUAAGGAAAUUGAUAGUGCCUUUGUGAGAAAGCUCUUUACAGAACAGCUUGAAGAAGAAAACACUGUGGGAGGCUUUCAGAGUUCAGUAAACCAAUUGAACUUUUUUUUUUUUUAGCAGAUUAGCCGCUUUGAAAUUGAAAACUAAUGUUUGCAACUAUCUAAAUGGCAUGUGUGUUUUAUGGUGGCUGCCUAGCCUUUACCAGGGCCGUAGCUAGUGGGUGGUGAGGUGGGCCCCUGCCAGGGGCGCAGGUGGGGGGGCCCUGCAAAAUCGGCUGCCGAGACCCUCCGCUGGGCGCCCUGUCCAGCCUGCCUAGUCACUUGUCACUUCUCUCUCUCUCUCUUUCCUCUUGCACACCCUCCUUCAAGGGUGCCAAGUUGAAUAAAAUAUAUGGGGGGGGGCAGGUAAGCACCACCCUGUAUAAUCAAGAUAGAGUGCAUGCUUGCUAAUUGAAUGGCAAUGCCCAGUAACUGGGGGUGGGGUGGCCUCCUCAAAUAUUAUAGGGGGCGUGAAGGAACCUUGGCUCUAAGGAGCUGACUCCCAUGCCCUCCUCCCUAUUAAAGUGCGGUGCUCCCCACUUUAUGUGACUUCACUUAUGCACGCAGGGGCCCGGAAGUUAACCCACGCGUAAGUGGGGAGAUGCCUAUAUACCGUCAUCUAGGUCAGCCUUCCCCAUCUUGGUGUCCUCUCUCUGUUUCGACUUCCUUCAAUCAGAAUUCAUUACAAAAAAAAAGAGUUCAUUACAAGGUGAAGUGUGUGAGGAAUUGAAUGGAUGCAGGGGACGGGGUCGGAGGAGAGGCAGAAAGAAGAGCCAAUUUGUCGGUGGCUAGGGGCACAAUCUAAGGGACGCGGGUGGCGCUGUGGGUUAAACCACAGAGCCUAGGACUUGCCAAUCAGAAGUUCGGUGGUCUGAAUCCCCGCGACGGGGUGAGCUCCCGUUGUUCGGUCCCUGCUCCUGCCAACCUAGCAGUUCGAAAGCACGUCAAAGUGCAAGUAGAGAAAUAGGUACCGCUCUGGUGGGAAGGUAAACGGUGUUUCCGUGCACUGCUCUGGUUCGCCAGAAGCGGCUUAGUCAUGCUGGCCACAUGACCCAGAAGCUAUACGCUGGCUCCCUCAGCCAAUAAGGCGAGAUGAGCGCCGCAACCCCAGAGUUGUCCGCAACUGUACCUAAUGGUCAGGGGUCCCUUUACCCUUUACCUUUAGGGGCACAAGCUUGAUGGUUCUGCCAGGGGCGCAAGAUCACCUAGCUACGGCUCUGGUUUUUAGCACACAUAGUUUAUACGCCUACGCCACAAGUUCAACGUCAGUGCUUCUUUGACAUUUUGGGGGCUGAUGGACACACACACAGCUCCCCUGUUAAUUCCAGUGGAAGCAGAAAGCUUCAUAAGGAAGGCCCAGAGCAUCUGCUUUGCAUUCAGACGGCCCCAGUAUUUUCUGGUAGGGCUGGAGGUAUCCCCUGCCUAAGCCCAAUGGAUCAAUGUUCUGACUUGGUAUUUAUCUGAUUCAAUUCCAUCUGCUUCCCUCAAAUAAGUCUAGGCACCAAACAACAAAUGACGGGAUGUCUUUACAAACACCUUUGAAACAAUUCAAAUACAGAUGCAGGCUGGGAAAGAUCUCGAUUUAAAAGGCUUGUUGGAAGGCGCACGCACACACACACACACACACACACGUAAAUAAGGCCCCCAAAACUGCCCCCUUCAUGCAAGAGAAUGAGGAAUUCCAGCUCAGGUUGAAGUUCAGUAUGUGCAAUAUAUAUAUAUAUAUAUAUAUAUAAAGUCGGAUUUUAUCUGUUGCUUUUACUUUUGUUUUAGUGUCUUAUUUUAUGUUUAUGCUGUACAUUAUCCUUGAAAUUUAAGGUGAUGUAAAGUGGUAUAUAAAUGCUUUAAAGUAACAGAGGACUCGGGAGCUCUGAGCCAGAGGCUAAAGCUACAAUCCCGUAUCUGCUGACCUGGGAAUAAGUCCCAUUGAAGCUUCCUUUUGAGCAGAACGUGUAUAGAAGCGCAGUGUUAACCAUUUCUAAACUGUUAGUACAGUUAUCACUGCACUGAUACACGCAGUCAGGGCUGGUCCACAAUAUUGUGCAGCCUCAGCCGAAAACCAAAAUGGAGUCCCUUCUGUUCCAUGAGCAAAAGUUGACCAGACCCCCAGCUGCAUCUUACUUCAAGACUUGCAGCAGGACAACAUCUUCCACUGUUUCUGAGUGUAGCAACCUAGGAGGUGCAGGCUAGGCCCUGGGGCAACCACAGCCCUAUCCACUAUGACCUCACCACUGGUUUCCAUCCCUGAACAUUUGCUUGCUGAGGCUUUUGCCUCAUCUGCCUAAUGGCAGGGCCAGCCCUGACCUCAGUCCAUAUUCUCAGUAUUCGCACCUUGUCCAUGUGAAUUGGCCCUACAUCUGAGCUAUUAGUCUAUAUUGUUUUACAGCAGAAACAUUUUCAGUCUCUUCCUCUCUCUCCCCUGCCACCCCCCACCUCCUCUGUUUUCUAUGCUUUCCAGAGAUUCUGGGCAAUACAGAUUUACUAAACAAGUACCACAGCAGAUUCUAUUCCAACGGGAAGUUUCUGUGCUGCAAUCAAACCUGCAAAGCGGCUCCUGGAUGCAUAAUCUGGGGAAAGUGUAAUGUGUUGUUUCAUCUCUUUCUAUCAUUCGUACAAUGGAAAUUUGAGACUUUUUGUGCCCUUUCCAAUAUUAUUUAUUUAAUUGUUAUUUUCCUAGGCAUUUCCAUUUCUUUCUUUUUUUUUACAAACUGCCCUUUCAUAUAAAAUAUCACAAUGGAGUAUACAGACCAAAACCACAAUUUUGCAAUAAAAGCAACAAAGAUGUCAGUAACAGUAAGCCCACGUGAAGAGUGACUGACUGUUAAAGCACUCUGGGAAUUGUAGUUCUUGGAGUGGAAUAGAGGUUUCCUUAACAGCCCUCAGCAUCCUUAGCAAACCACAGCUCCGAUAAUUCUUUGAGGAAAACCACCAUAAGUGUUUAAAGUAUUGUCCUAGUGAUUUAAAUGCAUGGUGUGAGUAAUUAUUAUGGGUGACAUUCAACUCAGUUUAGCCCACUGAAAUUAUUAUGAUCUAUUAUUUAUUCAAUUUAUAUUCCACCCUUUCAUGCAAAGAUCCAAGGACUGUGUACAACAUUAAAAACAUAACUGACAUAAUGCAAUAAUAAGAAACAAUAAAACAGUCACAGAAAAAAAAUCAUAACAGUCCCAAUGGCACCAGGAAGCCACCGUAGAAAAGGUCCUUUCUCAUGUUGCCACCCUCCGAACCUCUCAGGGAGAGGGGACACAGAGAAGGGCCUUCUUGGUAGUGGCACCAGCCCUGUGGAACGCCCUCCCAUCAGUUGUCAAGGAAAUAAACAACUACCUGACUUUUAGAAGACAUCUGAAGGCAGCCCUGUUUAGGGAGGUUUUUAAUGUUUGAUGUUUUAUUGUGCUUUUAAUUCUGUUGGGAGCUGCCCAGAAUGGCUGGGGAAACCCAGCCAGAUGAGCGGGGUAUAAAUGAAUUAUUAUUAUUAUUAUUAUUAUUAUUAUUAUUAGAUGACAAGUGCAGGGUCUAGGUCAGUUUGUAUGGGGAGAGAUGGUCCUUAAGGUAUUGCGGUCCUGAGCCUUUUAGUAUGACUAAGUUAGCGCCAUUAAUUUCAGUAGGUCUGCUCUGAGUAUAACUUGGUUAAAUACUGUACCGCCCUCUGUAUCUGGGGUGUAUAAUUUCAGAUUGCAGGUGGGGGUUUACAUGAUUGGAUGCUCCUGCUCCAUACAUUCAAUCAACCAACCAACCAAUCAAUCAAUCAAUCAAGCCUAGUUUUUCCCCUACCACAGGCACCCCCAAACUCGGCCUUCCAGCUGUUUUGGGACUACAACUCCCAUCAUCCCUAGCUAACAGGACCAGUGGUCAGGGAUGGUGGGAACUGUAGUCCCAAAACAGCUGGAGGGCCACGUUUGGGGAUGCCUGCCCUACCAUAUGUGCUUAUUUGAAGAAGAGCAACCCGCUUGCAGAUGGAAGUAGUACUGCUCAGACUGAGCCUUUCCCAACAGUGAGGGGGGAACCACAGCAAAUUUGCUGGAAAAGAAAUAAGCAAUGCCCUGUUGUUUUUACAAAGCUGCAAAUGUCAGUGAGCUGAAGUAUUUCCAAAACAAACUAUCUACAUGCAAAUAUUGCUCUCCGUCCGAGUUCUUGGCACAAAACAUCACUGUUUUGUUUGCCAGUUAAUUUGUACAGUUAGAUGAGCAGGAAGGAACUUUUCCCAACCACCCUUUAGACUCUGAGGUUUUCAGCAUAAUGUAGUUGAUAUACUGCCUUUUUCAAACAGUUCAGGCUUUUAAAGAAGCAUGUUUGCGUGGACAGGCGGAGUCCCCAGAUCCCGCGUGGUCCCCCCGUCAUGUGGAAUAACGACUCAUGACAACGUGCUAUGGGAUUAAAUUGGCCACAACUUUAUUAAAUUUCAAAUGUGGGUAGACCUUGGCUCAGGCAUUGGGCGUUCUCCCUCCCCAGUCCCCAGCCGGGGACCUAGGGAGCAUCAGGGUUAUCCAGUGUGUGUGGGGGAUGGGCCGGCUCUGGAGACCAUAUGUUCAAGCAGAGAUAGCCGCCCGUUACGCCGCCGCCGCAGGGGAGAGCAAUGACGACCUUUCGGCGUACGGUCAAAGCCUCCCUUCAGAAACCCCUUUUACGGGAAACCCUGGUAUCGCCGCCGCAAAGAGGAAGAUGGACUAAAGGAUUCCGCCCAAGGCCUGAUACCGCCAAAGUUGUGACGUUUUGCUACGGGAAAGGCGAGACCUGGCAAUGCAGGGAAAUUCCUUUCCGGCCCUUUAACAGCGCCCGCAUACCUGCGAAGAAAAGUUAACCUGCAAAACCUUUGAAGAAAAGUUAACCUGCAAAUAAGACAUUAACUGAGGGUGGGUAGGGUGGGAGAAGCUCUGGAGCCAAGUGAGGAUUCCCAGGUAAGAUCCUCCCUCUAUUGUGUGGGCAGGUAAUCCCUCCCCUACCUGGCCUGGUCUCCUUGGCAACGCUUCCCAGGUGGGAUUGGACAACUGACUGAGGUAGGCGGAGACCUCCAGGUAUCCCACCUGAGGGAAGGCAAACCAAGCCUAUGCUGUUGGAGCCGCUCCAGAUCUAGGGGCUGCGCGCGUCCACGCAAAGGGCGCCCUCUGUUUUAAGCGGGGAGCGGUCAUUAUACCAUGCUUGCUUGGAAUGUAGGAAUAUAAAUGGAUUUGACCAAGGUCCACAUUGUAACCCCACAGUCUGUUUUCAACCAGAUUUUGCUCUCAGAAGGUAAUGAGGGAACAAUGCAGCCCACUGGGUUAGUCCAUCACUCCUAUGGUAAUAAACAAAGCUGCCAGAUAAGGGUUUUCCAAAGUCUGCUUGUCAGUGGAGAUUCAGGGCAUUAAUUUCACCCAGCCUUUCCCCCCUUAAUUCUUGAUAUAGAUUACAUUCUUCACAGUGCAAGCAGUGCAGUGAAACCGCUUCCACCGGUACCAGGAGCACAGGUGAAUAAAGCUUUGCUUUAAUAAAGUGAAUAUGGAUUGUUUAUACUCUAGAGAUUCUGCUUCCAUUAGGAGGAACAAUGUGGAAUUGUUUGAAAGAAGAGGGGCCCUUGCCUCAUAUUUCUCUUGGAACAGAUGGAAAGAGUAGACUUUUUUUAAUCACGUAAACAGUGAAGGAUAUUCAUGUAGGGUCAUCUUCUCAAAACUUGUAAGGGAUUGGACCAAGCUAUUCAGACAUCAGAACACACCAGGAAUAGGUACUAGAGAAUUUUAUCUCAGAAUUAUAACAGUAAAGAAGUUUGAAAGUUAUAGCAGAAAGUUAACAUGCUUACACAUACAAAGACAUUUCCCAAAAGGGGACUCCUCACAAGAAUCAGAUUAUUAAGAGAUGGCCAUGAACGUGUGAUUUUAUAACCCCACAGCUAUCUAUGCCAAGCCCCACAAAGGGUCAUUUGUGAUAUCAAGCUAAUUAGCAUCUCUAUUGGCCAAGCACAGAUAAGACCACCAGACCCAUCCCCAUUAAGUCAGUUUAGCUGGAAUGCGCUCUGACUCUGCUAAUAAUCUUGAAACUGAGUCAAUUUACUCAGUUUUCAUGAGCCAGCAUCCUAGCUUAAAUGUCUGCUGAGACCCCAAUAGUUCACCCGCCUCUAUGUCCAGGCCAAAACAUACAAUCUUAGAUUAUAUCUGUGCCAACUCUAUACAUAGACAGGAUUUUCACUGGGUUUGACCAUUUCAAGGCUAAUUCUGUACUUUCAGCUCCUGCUACCAGGAUUUAAUAUCAGCUCAGUAUUUUCCACUGAGAAUACCCAUGUCCUUUCACUUUCACACACAUUGUCAAGCAUUCCAGCUUUCACUAGCACUAGAUCUAAGGGCUUUUCAGGAAACAUCUGGUGGCACUUCCCUUUUUCCAGCUUUCACCAGCACUUGAUCUUAGGGCUUUCCCCCUUUCAGUUCCCCAACCGGUCAUCUGGCCUGGUCAUCUGGCCCAACUCUCAUGUUAUCUCCUUGGCAGCUUGUGAUUUAACACUUUUUGCAAGGAGAUUCUAAGCAGCUUAAAGCAAUUCUCUGACCUAUGAUGUAUAAUGUAUAGCCUGAUUAUAUGCAAUCAAUAGCCUCACAACAACCACAGGUUUGUUGUUUCUGAUGGGAUUUCCAUAAAGAAAUGCAGUGAACUGUCAAUGACCUAAACCUAAACAGAAGGGUGUACCUUUUGCACUGGAUCCCCCUGACCAUGGUAGUCAUUCAUAGGCCAUCUCUUCUGCAAACCCAAGUGGUAGCUUGUUUGCUUAGGGUUGGUUGAGCAAGCACAGGAUGAUUCACUUCUGCUCUAGACUGUACAGGCAAGUCAGCAAACAGGAUGACCCAGGAUACAGUUUUAAUAGUUGUCUGUGACUCUCAACCCCUAGCACUCUCUUUGCAUAUACAUGGAACACUCAUGAUAACUUUGUCCCAAAUUGUUCAGAAGUGGGCAGCAUUUUUACUCCCAAUGGCCACAUGCAGCUGUGGGCAGACACAGGAGUGGGGGAGGGUGCUGUAGGCCAGUGAUUAGUUCAUAGUUCGUUGGCAUCUUAUAAUUGUACAAAUUACAGAUACUGAUUUUUCUGUUCAUGUUGAUAAAAGAACUUCCUUAGCCACAGUUUAAGGAUUAAUGAGGUUACGCUUGUAAAGUACACUGGACACUUGAAAAGUGCUGUGUAAUUUGUUGUUGUUGUUGAAACGGCAAUGAUUUCUUUCUCUAAAUUCUCUGUGUGGCAUAUCUUAUGUUACCGGCUUUCAGAACAAUGAGUACGACCAUCAACCUCCAGGUCAAACACUUGACAAGUCAUUUCUGAAAGAAGCAGUAGCUAUUUAUAAUUAUGAGCCAAAAGGAAACUCUGAUGUUCCUCUUGUGAGAAACAAUAAAUAUUAUGUUAUGAACGAUGAGGCUCCUGACUGGUGGCUCGUGAAGGAUUUGGACGGGUAAGUUUCCUCUGCAUUGUUUAGAGAGAUUUCCUUUUUACUGAGGUAUAGUUUUCAUAUUCUGUUAGCCGAUGUAUUCGGAAAAAUUCUAACGAAGAAUUACCCCAGUUUAACAAACAAACCCACUGUGUUAUUUUGUUUAAAGCUUGUCUAAUGAUCAAUUCAGAUGGUGCAUGAACUGAGUAUGUUUCCAUGGACGGUUGAUGGUCUUGGACUAGGUUCAAAUCUCAGCCUAGAAGCUCCAUGAGACUUUGGUUCAUUCAAAGUCCUUCUCAGCUAAUCCACCUCACAGGGUUUCUGUGAGGAUAAAAUGGGGAGAAACCAUAUGUAUGCUGUCAUACAAACAGCAUAAAUGUUAUUUAUGAAUAACCGUGAUGAGUACUUGUGCAUAUGAUCUACUUACAUCUACAACAUGGGAAGUGCUUGUAUAAGAAUUGGAGUUCUCUGAGAUUGGAAAAAUUGCAAGAGCCAGAGAGGUUAGCUGGCUGCACAUACUUUGACUUGUGCAGUCCUAUCAGCCAAUGGAGUACUGUAUUUUUUGCUCUAUAAGACUCACUUUUUCCCUCCUAAAAAGUAAGGGGAAAUGUGUGUGCGUCUUAUGGAGCGAAUGCAGGCUGCGCAGCUAUCCCAGAAACCAGAACAGCAAGAGGGAUUGCUGCUUUCACUGCGCAGCGAUCCCUCUUGCUGUUCUGGCUUCUGAGAUUCAGAAUAUUUUUUUUCUUGUUUUCCUCCUCCAAAAACUAGGUGCGUCUUGUGGUCUGGUGCGUCUUAUAGAGCGAAAAAUACGGUAAUCUGCUGUUAUGCCAGAGUUUACAUUGAUGUUGUCCCAGCAGCAAUGUGAAAAGCCCAAUCAUAAUAAAGAGGUAAUAAACCAAUUAUGAUACCCACUUCCACAAAGACACUAGCAACAUCAUGACUAUCCACCAACCACAUUGCUGCCCCUGAUCCCACAUGGAUGGAAGGCACCAAUUAUCAUGCAGUACCAACAGAAACACAUGGCAACUUCAUGUCACCUGGUCUCUAUUUGUUUCGUUUUAUUGCUCAUCGUCUUCCUUCCAAGUGCUUCAUGUAGGUUUUAAAAAAUAACUUUUUUUGUAUUUUUCAUUUGCAGAAAUGAGGGCUUUGCACCCUGUGCCUAUUUGAAGGAGGUAUCCCAGGCCACUGAAAAACCAGGGUAAAUCACAAUCCAUCCAUUUUGACUUCCAUAUUCUAUGCUGAAUAUACCAACGAGAGAAUCCAUAUAUUUAUCCUGUGAAAUCAGGAGUGACUAGCUGUGCUCCUACAGAUGUUGUUCAACUCCCUCAGAUUCAGUGAGGAACAUAGGAAACAGCCUCUAUUCUGAGUCAGAUUGUGGUCUUUCUGGCUCACUAUCGCCUAGGUGUAGAUUAAUAUCAGUGUUGCAGUUCUCCUGACGACCGGGGGAGUAAAUGGAGAACUCAUUGUGCCUUUUUUGCAUUCACAGAAGAAGUGUCGAUACAGCUAAAGCGUCAUCAACUGAAGAGGAGGAAAGCAUUGCUAAUAAUGAGUGAGGCGGAUAUUGGGUGUGGUUGAUCAUUGGGAUGGCGGUGCACAAUGCAUUAGUUUAAGUAUUCAGUGGAGGAAGACCUUUACUACAGGAUAGGCAAGCAGAGAUAUAAAUGCCCUAUCCUGCUGGCACUGAUAUACACAGCACUACUGCUACUGCCAGCUUCCCCAUGCUUCUGUCUGUGCAAACAUUAUUACUGUUUGUUGUGUUUGCAUCCCACUCUUCCUCCUCCAUCUAAAGGCUGUUCCGAAUCUCCCAUUACACCCCCACACACCCCAGACCAGUCACAAUCUUUUUAGGUGGUGCUAGAAAAGCUGUCAUUUCCCCAUCUCAUCUGAACAUUUGCAACAUGUAGAUAGCAAUACUCUGUUGUAAGGACUGCUGAGGCACUUUUCAGCAAUUAGGAAGAAGUCUAUUGUAAGGAUUUAUGAGAUAAUGUUCGUGAAGCAUUUGGGGUAGGGGGAAACGAUGUAUACAUAUGUUCUCUGUGGUGUGUGUGUGUGUGUGUGUGUGUGUGUGUGUUGUGGUACCAGCAUUAAAUAAAUGGGGCAGCAAUCAUCUAUGCUACAGUAGUAAUUGAAAAUUCAUUUUCAAGGGAGUUUAAGCCUUUAAAGGUUUCACAGAAGUAUUUACUUAGAAACUGCAUAUGGCAGCCACUGCUUAGUAAAUAUGUGAGGGUUUUAAAAGUGAGUUUCAGAACUUUUUAACCUGUCCCAUGGGAUGCUUAACAACAUGAACAUAUUCUUUAAGUGAUUUAUCAGAUAACCUUAUUCCAAAAUCAUGGCAUGCUCAUUGUGCGGGAGAGAUUCUCCAAUCCUCGUUCAAAUAAUGAAAGUGUUACUCCAUAAUAAUGCAAUUACAGAAUAAUUGUGUGCUGUGAAUGUAAUAUGUUAGCAAUUUCUUUUGUUGCAGUUGGUAUGCUGGUAAACUCUCAAGGGCCCAGGCAGAACAGUUGCUGCAGCAGAAGGUAGUGUUUAAAAAUUCCUACACAUUUAUUAGGUUUAUGCAUUGCCUUUAGCUGCAAGCAUUCGCUUCCUUCCUUUGAAAUAGUGCAGGCUGGGAGUGUCAGAGAAAUCAGAAACGGAAGUGGAAAUUGCCGUUCUUCACAUUUUUAUCCCAGAUCUGGAAUGAAAAUCAAUCCAGUGAAUACGAUUGGUAUUCGCUCACAACAUUUAUAUAUAGAUAUAGAUAUAGAUAUAGAUAUAGAUAUAGCCUACAACCAAUACGCCAUUAAUGACUUUCUUUAUACAGAGUUUCAACAUUUCCUUUACAUCAAAGUGAAUGGCAUGGAAACAAUUAUGUCAUUGUUUACAUUAAAUCCAUAGCAUAUGAAAAGAAUGAUUUAUAUUAUGUUAAAUAGCAUGCAGUGAGAUAGAUAAUGUAGUAUUUGGCAGAAACAGAACUUCAGCAGAACGGAAACAUCACUGAUUGUGCCAAAGUUGAGGUUGGAACCGAAAUUGCUGCCUUCUUAUGUGCUGCUGCUGCUGCUGCUGCUGCUGUUAUAUAUUUUAUACCCCACCUUUUCCCCUGAUGAUACUCAAUUUUUUUAUAUGUGUGUAGGGUGAACAAUGUACAUAAGCAUGUCAGCUGCCUCUCAGUGUGUUGGUGAUGUCCGUCCUUACGUAUGGUUUGCUUGCACUGACCCUUGGUGAUUGGCAAGGAGCUAUACAAAAGCAUAGUUUGAUGCACUUUUAGAACAUCUCUAAUACAGUCGUACCUUGCUUCUCAAACGUAAUCCGUUCCAGAAGUCUGUUCGACUCCUGAAACGUUAAAAAACCAAGGCGCGGCUUCCGGUUGGCUGCAGGAGCUUCCUGCACACAAGCAGAAGCCCCGUCAGACGUUCGGCUUCCGAAAAACGUUCAGAAACCGGAACACUUACUUUCCGGUUUUUGGCGUUUGGGAGCCAAAACAUACGAGUACCAAGGCAUUCGAGAACCAAGGUAUGAGUGUAUAUCAAUGAAACAGGCUUCACAUUUUAUGAAACCAACAGAGCAUCCACCCUCUCAACUACUACAAAGGUUCUCUUCUGGUUUUUAUUAAAAGGGGAAGGAUGGGGCUUACAUGGUUCGUAAUUCCAGCCAUGCAGGAAAAUACACUGUAUCUGUACUCAGCAUGACUUGCAGGUAAGUAGGCAAGGUAUAUAUAAUAUACCCCUCCAAUAUAAUGUAUACCCUAACCAAUCUGUACACUUGCUUUUUCUGGAUUCAGAUUGCAUCUGUGUUCAUCUAUAAUUCAAAUUGAAGUGUCCCUAUUCUGAAGGCUGGUUUCAGUGCUACGUGCUUGUCUAUAUUAAAGCUCAUGGGGAAACAGGCAGAGAGAGUGGGAAGUGGAGAGAGAAAUUAGGAGGUAUGAUAGGAACUGACAGUUUGUGGCAAAUAAGUUAAAAGUUACACACUUGAAAGGAGAAGAAAUUACAGGAGAUGAGCAGAAACACUUGGAGACAGAAGGAAGGGGGAAAUAUAAAACAGAUUGCGCUCUCUACUUAGAGCCUUUGGAUCAGUAAAUUCUGCUAAAAAAAGAGAGAGGCUGAAGACUCAGCUAUACAGCUGCAAAUAGAACAUUUAAAGUGUGUUUUAAGUGUAUUAUACAAAUGUGACACUAGAUGGCGAUGGUGAGCUAAUGGGAAAUUCAAUUUUAAAAAAAGCAUUCUCACAGUGUUUUUUUAUAUAUGUCUAGAUUCAGCCCAGGUCAUGAUACCUCCAGAACCAAUGUCUAGACUUAACUUGAGGAAAGCUAAACUACUGUAUAGAACUCUGCCACAAGGGAAUUGCUGUAGCAAAUAAUUUAGCUGUUACCAAAGGGAUUAGUUAUCAGUAGUGAAUGAUGUCUUUAAUAGCCAGGUGAUUAUGUCUAGCUCCAUCUCUGUCUAAAACCACUUUGUGACUGGUGGUCCUCAAUAAUGUUAUGCCCCCCCCCCAAGUGGGCUUUGAAAAACUCCUCCUUCUAAGAGAUUCCUCUCCUUUUCCUUAUGCUAGCUGGAAUGGUUUGUCUUCAUUUUUUCCAGAGAUAAAAAAGGAAUCGUUAAACACUACCAUGUCAAUGUAAACAACAAAAAACAGUUUUACCUGGCUGAGAAUUACUGUUUUGAUUCAGUUCCUGAGCUUAUUCGUUAUCAUCAGCACAAUUCAGCAGGUAAAUCACUUUAUCAUUUCAUGAUUUGCAUUGUGUUCAUGAAUGUCAAUUUCCCUAUUGUGUGUGUUUGCUUUUAGUACAAUCCUACACAUGUCUACUCUGUAGUAAGUUCCAUUGUGUUCAAUGGGUCUUACUCCCUGCUAGGUGUAUUUGUGAUUGUAGUCUAAGUGUGUGGGCUGGGAAUUCCCAAUCUUCAUCUUACUUCAUUCUCUGACUAGCUAGAUAGACUUAUAAACAAACUGCUCUCUCUUAGCCUCAGUUUCCUAAUGGCAAUACUGGCAGUGCCUAAACAUGUUUACUCAGAGGUAAGUCCCAUUAUGUUCAGUGAGGCUCACUCCAAGGCAAACUGGGCAUAGAAUUUCGGCCUGAGAAGAUUCUACUAAGGCUUACCAUUGCUGGUCCUAUCAUUGGGCAGUGCAGUUGCUGCUUCCUGGCAGCUGAUGUUGAAUUUCAAGAAAGGACAGCAAAUUGUUAAUUAUUUAUUUGUUUUCUUUUAUUAUGGAAAGAUCCAACAUCUUCAAGUGCUGUGUAAAUGAUAAGGGGAGCGGAUGGCGCUGUGAUCUAAACCACUGAGCCUCUUGGGCUUGCUGAUCAGAAGGUCGGCAGUUCGAAUCCCCAUGACAGUGUGAGCUCCCAUUGCUCUGUCCCAGCUUCUGCUAAUCUAGCAGUUCGAAAGCAUAACAGUGUGAGUAGAUAAAUAGGUACUGCUGUGGCUCAAAGGUAAAUGGCGUUUCCGUGCGCUCUGGCUUCUGUCACGGUGUUCCGUUGCACCAGAAGCAGUUAGUCAUGCUGGCCACAUGACCCGGAAAGCUGUCUGUGGACAAACGCCAGCUCCCUUGGUCUGAAGAGCGAGAUGAGCACCGCAACCCCAUAGUCGCCUUUGACUGGACUUAACCGUCCAGGGGUCCUUUACCUUUAUAUCUAUAAAUGAUAAUAACUAUUACAGAUCCAGGCAAAAGUAGACAAAGAACAUUAACUAUAUUUGACAACAGCUUUCGAUUUCUCCAAUUAUCUGCAUAUUUUAGUCACAGUAAAUAUUUUUUCCCCCUUGGAAGUAGGUCAUGUUUAUUCCCAUAAAUCAGGGAUCAGGAAUCUGUGGCCUACCAGAGAUUACUGGACCUCAGCUCCAACUAGUCCCAGUCAGCACCGCCAGUGGUCAGGGACGAUGAAGUUGGGAGUCCAGCCCUACUUAGAAAUGCCAGUGGUUGAACCUGGGACAUUCUACAUUCAAAGCAGAUGCUGUCUACCACUGAGCUACAAAAUGGACACCUCUUUAAGAGAAGUUGAGAAGACAUCAACAAAGAGGACAGACAUAUUUCCAUAUCCAGGGUCUCAUAACUGAGAAGACCCUGUCAUGAGUUGCCAUGGAGUGUGCCAUGAUUAUAGAUGGGACGUUCAGCAGUGCCUCUCAUGCAGGUCUUAAGAUACAGGUUCCCUUCUCAGCAAAUUUACCAUAUUUGGUGAACUUAAUUUCUAGGUAUAGUUACAAGACUUCGACAUGCAGUGUCCACGAAAGCAAACAAAGUUCCAUCCACAGCACCUUUGGGAAAAGGUAGGGGAAAGCCUUUUUUGACUGUGGUAGGAAAUUAGUAAUAGUUUUUCCAGGAAACCCUUCUCCAACAGCAAAAACCCCCCACACCAAAAAACAACAACAUAUAUAUGAUCUAAUAUAACAACUCUUUCUAUCAAACUUAGGCCCCUGGGAGCUAAAGCGUGAAGAUAUUGUCUUGCUGAAGGAAAUAGGGAGUGGUCAGUUUGGAGUGGUGCAGGUGGGAAAGUGGAAAAAGAAAUACGUUGCUGUUAAAAUGAUCAAGGAAGGGUCAAUGUCUGAAGAUGAAUUCUUGGAAGAAGCUGAAACCAUGAUGUAAGCAAGGGUUUUCCCUAAGUGACACUAAGUCCAUAUGUGCCUACCUGUACAUUAGGAACUGCAAUAGAGAUCAUUCUGACAGUCAGUAUCAGCCCUGUCUGAAGCAAUGGAGGUGGCAGCCACAGUGAGGGCCUUCCCAGUGGUGGCACCUGUUCUCUCCACAGAAUUCUACCUAUUUUGUUGUCAUUUUGGCACCAGGCAAAGAGCGCCCUGUUCUUCCAAGCCUUUCAGCCUUAAUGUGAGCCCUACUUAUUGUAUUGAUUUGGCUUUUGAGAUCUUGAAGCCUUUUAGUUUUUGUCUUCUGUAUUUUAAGAUUUUUCCUCCACUUCCUUUUAUGUAAACUACCCUGGGAACCUUUGUUGAACGGUGAUAUAAAAACAUUUGCAAUAAUUCAAUAAACGAAAGGGACAGGCUAUAUGCAGCUCUCGGGGGCAGAGUGAAGGGUUUAAGCACCAUUUCCCUAAUUUUUAAUUGCCUCUGUUAAAUAUUCCAAAGGGUAUUGUUUAAACUUUUUGACAACUGUAGACAUAGCAUCCGUAUCGUUCAUGCAAUAAUUUCAGCUUCAGCUCAGUCAGCAAAACAUGAGACUCUUAAUCUCAGGGUUGUGGGUUCGAGUCCCAUGUUACGCAAAACAUUACUGCAUUACAGGGCAUUGGAUUAGAUCACCUUCUUGGCCCUUCCAACUCUAAAAUUAUAUGAUUUGCUGUGGUCUAAACCACAGAGCCUAGGGCUUGCUGAUCAGAAGGUCGGCAGUUCGAAUCGCUGCGAUGGGGUGAGCUCCCGUUGCUCGGUCCCUGCUCCUGCCAACCUAGCAGUUCGAAAGCACCUCAAAGUGCAAGUAGAUAAAUAGGUACCACUCCGGUGGGAAGGUAAACAGCAUUCCCGUGCGCUGCUCUGGUUCGCCAGAAGCGGCUUAGUCAUGCUGGCCACAUGACCCGGAAGCUGCACGCCGGCUCCCUCGGCCAAUAAGGUGAGAUGAGCGCUGCAACCCCAGAGUCGUCCGCAACUGGACCUAACGGUCAGGGGUCGCUUUACAUAACUAAGAUAACCAUAGGUUUUGUCUGCCCUAUCAAUGCCUUUAAUAUGAAGAAGCAUUUUUGUCAGUUAUUUACAAUAUUGUUUGAUUAGUGUUCCUUUAGAUGAAAACAUUUGUGAUGCAUAUGAAUGGAUGUUCUGGCCAAUAUGGGUUUUAUAUUUGCACUGCAAUCCCUAUUGAAGCACUAGCCAUGUCAAGCCUUCCUUGACUAUAUUUUUGAUCCAACUAGUAUCGCUCAGCCGUUACACUGUGUUAUUAAUUAUUAUGUCUUUAUGUAGCUUCUGGGGGGGGUGGGACUGAGAAUAGACAAUAAUUGCAUGGGUUUUUGGAGGUGCAUGCAAGUGCCCUGUGUAUGUUUAUAUAAGUGUUAAAAUCCAGUACUUCGUUUUAGGAAACUGAAUCACCCCAAACUUGUUAAAUUGUAUGGUGUUUGCACAAAGACCUAUCCCAUCUACAUAGUGGCUGAAUACAUGGCUAAUGGCUGCUUGCUUAGUUACUUAAAAGCCCAUGGCAAAGGGCUGCAUCGCUUUCAACUGAUGGAGAUGUGCUACCAUGUUUGUGAAGCAAUGGCUUUCCUUGAGGAACAUCAGUUCAUACACCGUGAUUUGGUAAGUUCUUGGAAAGCAGAACUUGGAAUGGGUGUGGAUUUUUUUGUUUUAUAACAACCUGUGGUUGUUUGGGGGGCGGGGGGGUGAUUUAGGAGAUUCACAGCACUGAUCAGCAUCACAUCUGUUUCUAAGCUGAUUUUGUUUCUUGUGCUCUCUGCAAAGGCUGCUAGAAAUUGCCUGGUUGAUACUGAUCUUACAGUGAAGGUGUCUGACUUUGGAAUGACAAGGUAAGUCUCAAUCUUUAGCUUCAGUGGGGGAAAAUAUUAUAAUGCUGAUUAAAAACACACACACACACACACAUUAACGAGACAUUCAAAAAUGGCAGCUCUCAUGAUAACCUAAAAGGCACCACAUUUUCCUUCUCAAAUAAUCUGGAACUAAACUGCAGUCAAGUUAUCCUGGGUUAAGAAACUCAUGGCCGGGCAGCUAAGAUCAGAGUUUCGUUACUGCUACCAGCAUCACAGACAGCAGCUAAAUCAAGGUUUUGAGGUUGUUGAUUUGUUUUAAAAGAAGCUGCUUUCUCCACUGCUUCUUGAAGUAAGGGAGUGUUUAGUGCACAACCCCCUCAGGGUUGUUGGCUUUUUUUUUCUGUCUUCAUACAGAGAUUGCCUGAAAAAUGUUUUGGCAAUCCUCAUCCCACUCCUGGCUUAUGUAUCAAAUAUGGAUUGAAUCUUCUUAAAAUAUUAAUACAUUUUUAAAUACUAUUUUGAGAUGGGUUUUUUAAAAAUAGAAACAUCUCUGCUUCAUAGUGAGCUGUAAAUUAUUGGGGGGCAAGGCGGCGGGGGGGGGGGGGGGAAUUUGUCCAUCCCUAAACUAGCCUCAAGCUAGUGGUUAUCUAAGGAUCUUGGGAAGUUUUCAUAUUGAUAUUGUUUAUAAGAAACAUACUUUACAUUUGCCAGAAGGUUGUUGUGAAUUUUCUUUUCGCAUUCCAUGUCCAAACCAGCUUCUACAAAAAAUGGAUAGAUGGGUGAUUUGAUAACCAAUAUUUUGAUAUUUGUAUUACUGGGUUGUAGCCAGCUCAGUUUUACUCAGAGUGAACCUAUUGACAUGAAUGGAUCUAAGUUAGUUAUGGGUUAGUUAUAGGCCUGUCAUUGGGUACAACCAUCUGGUUGUUUUUGGCAGACAUCUCAGCAGAGUAGGUUCAACUGAGGCGUCACUCGGAUAGAUCCUUCAUUUUGCUCCGUGAAUCCUAAAAAGUGAAUCUUGCCUUAUAGAUAUGUGCUUGAUGACCAGUAUGUGAGUUCUUUAGGAACUAAAUUUCCUGUGAAGUGGUCAGCACCAGAGGUUUUUCAUUAUACCAAGUUCAGCAGCAAAUCGGAUGUGUGGGCCUUUGGUGAGUAUGUAAUGCAACUAUUGAAAAUGCUACAUGUGAAGUGAAGAAAAGCCCUUAGAUGUCGUUUAUCUAAAUAAAUGGACCUGUGACUGAUCAGGCACAGAGUGAUGAUAUAAUGCACCCUAAGGAAUUCGUCUAGUGAAACCAAUAGGACUUGUGCAGGCCACAUCCCUGUUGGAUUACGCCCAGAUUGUGAAGGUCUGUAUUGCAUGGACUUUCUUUGCCAUAUAGGAAAUAUAUUUCCAAAUGCAUGGACAGCUCUUUGUUCUCUUUCUUUUUCUCUCCAGCUUGGCUUUAUUUCCUAAUUAAAUAGCUCAGUGUCACAAAGCAAUUAAAACGUGGGCGUUAACACACUUUUGGAAAUACAGCAGUCUUUUAAAAAUAUGCAGUCAGAUAGAUGAUCAAAUCUAGAUACCACUUCUGCCGAGCCAUAGCAGCACUAAAUAAAAAGCAGAGGAAAGGAUACCUCUCAGGAGUGGCAGCAACUAGUACAAUGAUGCUGUUUAUCAGUUGCCGAUUUGUACUGUGCCACACCUUUCCACAUCCUGCCAGCAGUUCACACAGAGGUUGACAUGCUCCCUUUUUGGCUUGUGGAUAUUUCAAGUGCACUUUCAAGAAAAGAAAAAGGUAGCUGUGAAGUCAAAGAGAAGUAGCUUGGUAGCACAAAAAAUGCAUGACGGAACAAGAACAAGUUAUAAACACUUAAAUUAGCGAGAGAGGCUGUGGGUUUUUAAACAGCAGAGGCAAUUCAGUAUACAGCUGGUCUUUCAUCAUGUUUUUACUGUGAAAUAGCUUUGGGAUAUUUUAUGAGAAACGAUUCAUGAAUGGAAUGAAAUAAAUAAUGGGCAUCUUAUGCAGAAUAUGAUGCUCCUAUAUCAAGAAAUAACUGUCACACAAAUAAGGAUGCUUCCAGGCUGUUGCUAUUUGGGGGUGGGAUUCAUUCUCACACCUUGCAAAUUCAUGUUGCACAAUUGAAAUUGAUUGAAUGGUCUUGUGUAACCAAAAUACGACAUUCUGCAAUGAGGAAAGCGAUGGGGGAAACACAGUGAAAAGUGGGAGAUGAUGACUGCUUGAUGCCUCAUCAUCUAACAUCCCUGCAAACAAAUCGGAAUGGAACCUCAACAAACAGCAGACGUCCUCCUAACCUGCCUGCAAACUUAGUGCCAACAAAUCCGCAUGAAUGCUCAAUAAACAGAUUGCCCGGAAGCAACCUUUUUUUAUUUUGUAAUGUCCUUCUGGGUUUUAUGUACCGUUAUAAUACCUUGUUUUCCUCCACUCUGUGGACAUGUCUACAGGAAUUUUAAUGUGGGAGGUGUUCACUCUGGGGAAACAACCCUAUGAGCAGUAUGACAAUAUGCAAGUGAUUGAAAAGGUUUGUCUUGGCUAUCGGCUUUAUCGCCCGCAGUUGGCUUCCCAGGCAAUUUAUCAAAUAAUGUACAGCUGCUGGAAUGAGGUAUGUGUCCUAGUUCACGAGAGGCUGAAAAAGAAAAGUGAUUUUAGCCCCCCCCCCCCCCCCGCUAUUGCUGUCUUUUGCAGCUGUAGGCCUCUGGUUGUGCCUGGACCUUCUCUUGUCAGUAAAGGCUCACUUAUUAUUUUAAUAGGAGAGGACAAACUCCGCACAAGCACAGAACUUGUCACUCCAUUGCAGUGAGAAGACUAAGUGUGUAGGAGUCCCAGGUGUGUCCAGUGGUUUGGACUAAGGUGCCUGACUUUAAAUGACAACACAUCAGAACUGAAGGGAAUCUUGAACAAUUAUGGUUUUCAUAAAAGCAUUAUUUUGUCAAAGGAUUUGCUUAAAUUAAUAAGAGAAGCAUUACCUUCCCUGGAAAGGACACACACACACACGCUACUUUGACUUUUUAAACAGGAAGCCUGUGAUGUAGAAAAAUAAAGCUGUAGUCCUGUUUUUGUAGCCUAGCAUGCCUACAAAAAAAAAUGUGUUUGUGUACCUCUUUUGAUUUAGUCAACCUUAUUCUUAAGUGCAUCAGUAGCUGUGUACCCUUCAUUUCACAUCUGACCCCAUUUAUUAAAAAAAGUUUUAACACCGCUCCAAAAGUUUGAGUGUGUGGUACUGCCAUAGGCACUAUUUAUAGGUACUGAUCCAAAAAUACACUCCAUGUUUUAUUAUUAUGGCACCUGUAUUUACCGUAGGUACUGUUCAGACUGGUCGCAUUUGUGGUGGGCAUUGGAGAUUGUUCAGGUUCAGAAGGCAUGUAAAACAACCCAGGUUUCAUCCCCGAUACCCUCUUAGAUGAAGGCUCUCAAGCUUUUGGAUUGGGAAGACCUCUGCCUAAGACCCUGGAGACCCAUUCUUAGUCAGAGUACACAAUACUGGGCUAGAUAGACCAAUGCUAUGAGGAUGAGCAAGGAACAUCACAUGCUCAAACAGGAGCUCGUUUGACAAAAGUUUCCAAAGGCGAAACAAUAAAUGAAAUGUAGAUGACCUUCCAAAGUUCUUCAUGCUGUGGCACGGAAUGUACCCCACAUAUUAAGGUUCCUACUAGCCAAGGCCUUGCGAUGGGUGGAGGAGCUCCUUUUGGUCCCCCAGUGGGUGUGACUCAUGGGGUGGUGAUAUAAGGCAAGGCCUUCUCGGUGAUGGUGGUGCCCCAGUUAUGUCCAUGGCUUGGUUACACAGCUAGAGGAGAUCUUUUAGUCCAAUUUCUUCUGCUUGCUGUACUGUGUUUUAUUGUAUGUUGGUUUUAAUUAUUGUUACAUGUUGAUUUUGUGUGUUUUGUAUUUGUUAAUCACGUUAAUAAUAAUAAUAAUAAUGGCCACCAAUCAAUGGCAGGCGCUGAGUUGGUUGGUUUCUCCUUUUCAUACAGCUGCCUGAAAAACGUCCCACAUUUUGCCAUCUGCUUUCUCUCAUUGAACCACACAGAGAAGAUGACAAGCACUGA